UUGUCAGCCCAAUCCACGGCUGGGGUAAUGCACAUUGCACACUGCUUGUGUAAAUUCAUCACAGGACAGAAAAAAACAGCGCGAGUACUACGCGCACGGAGCUAUGGCAUCACCGACUGACGCCUCUUCGGUACAGCCUCGCGGACCCCAGGUAAAUGCGCAUAUGGGAAUUUAAAGCAAGACCGAAUUUUUUGUAUUUCUUGCAACCCAAACCGCUCACGCCAUCAAAACGUGAUCCAUCCGAUAAUGAUUUUCUAGAGUGGACCGAUCGCCGUUUGGCUAUCACGCAUCGGACUGAUAACCCGAAUCACCCCUAAUGUGUUUAUGAAUGCGGCGCAGUGGAUCUCGGCUGUAAAGCGAAAUUAAUCACUUGACGGCUCCAUGAAAUCGGAAUAAAACCAUCUGUGAUUCAUAUAGGAACCAGCUCCAUAGAAUAAGAGCAUCCUUCCGCCAGUGUGCAUUAUCAUCAUCAUCAUCAUCGCGCCCUGCAGCUCCAUCGCAAGAGGGAGGAUCCGCAGAGGAGCUCUCUGGGCAACACUACACGCACAUUCAGAGGAUGCUUUGGAUGUGAAAAUAAAUAACGAUGGGGAAAGAUCAGGAAUUACUUCAAGCGGUGAAGACCGAGGACCUGAUGACGGUGCAGAAGCUCCUGCAGAGGCCCAAGCCUGGGAAAGCAAAGUUGCUGGGCUCUGCCAAAAGGGUGAACGUCAACUUCCAGGACACUGAUGGAUUUUCACCGUUGCAUCACGCAGCCCUCAAUGGGAAUGUGGAGGUUAUAUCACUGCUGCUGGAGUCUCAGGCCAUAGUGGACAUCAGAGACCACAAAGGGAUGCGGCCUCUGCAUUACGCAGCAUGGCAGGGAAAGUCCGAACCCAUGAAGCUGCUGCUGAAGUCAGGCUCUUCAGUGAACGGUCAGUCCGAUGAGGGUCAGAUCCCUCUGCACCUGGCUGCUCAGCACGGACACUAUGACGUGUCUGAGAUGCUUCUGCAGCACCAGUCGAACCCCUGCAUAGUUGACAACGCUGGGAAAACUCCAUUGGACCUGGCUUGUGAAUUUGGCCGUGUUGGGGUGGUCCAGCUGCUCCUGAGCAGUAACAUGUGUGCAGCUCUGUUGGAGCCCAAGCCCGGAGACUCCACUGAUCCAAACGGCACCAGCCCGUUGCACCUCGCCGCCAAGAACGGGCACAUCGACAUCAUCAGAUUACUGAUUCAGGCUGGCAUCGACAUCAACAGGCAGACCAAAGCAGGCACUGCCCUGCAUGAAGCGGCCCUGUGUGGGAAGACUGAUGUGGUGCGCCUCCUGCUGGAUAGUGGCAUCAAUGCAGCUGUGAGAAACACGUACAGCCAGACAGCUCUGGACAUUGUCUACCAGUUCACUGCCACCCAGGCCAGUCGAGAGAUCAAACAGAUGCUCCGAGAUGCCUCAGCAGCCUUGCAGGUCAGGGCUUUGAAGGACUACUGCAACAAUUACGACCUGACUAGCCUUAACAUAAAGGCUGGAGAUGUUAUUACGGUGCUGGAGCAACAUCCCGACGGAAGGUGGAAGGGCUGCAUCCAUGACAACCGCACCGGAAAUGACAGAGUGGGCUGCUUUCCCUCCAGCAUUGUGGAGGUGAUCAGUAAGAGACCCGGGGCAGCGGGUUCAUGGAGUUCAGUCACAUGUGCCCAACAGUAUCAAAAGAUACAGCUCUGUGCGCCGGUGUGCGGCUCUGUGUCGCCCGCCGUUGCCAUGGUGAAUGGGGACUCGUAUCAUGAGAUUCAUAUCCUGCCGCCUCCUCCACCUCCGCCACCACAUUCCCAUCUGCCACUUUUUACUUCCUUUGGCUAUAGCAGGUCCCCAAAUAGCUCAGGAGAGCCACACAGUGGACAAGAUGCCAACAAUGACACAGAUUUUACUAGUUCUCGCGGCUCAGACUCCAGUCCUCAAGGCUCACCCACCCCAGCCGGUGGUCCCCAAGGCGGCAGCAGCGAGGAAAUAUGGGUGCUGCGCAAACCUGUGGCAGGUGGAGACCGCAGUAGUGUGGGCAGCUCAGGCAGCGUGGCCAGUGCCCGGUCCUCCGGCAGUGGACAGAGCGCAGGCAGCAGCACUAUUAUCCAUGCACAGGCAGAGGGAGUCAAGCUUCUGGCCACAGUUUUGUCCCAGUCUGCCAAAGCUAAAGAACACCUGCUGGAGCAGACCAAGUCUCUGGAACAUCCUCCAGCCUCUACCAACAAAGGACCCUCCUCACGUAGUCAGAGUUUGUCAAGCUGUCCGCUUCACGAGCAGCCGUAUGGAGAGGCGGCGUCCCAGAGGAAAGGGGAGGCGCAGUCCGAGGGGAAGAGCUCAGAGGCUGUUAUCCAAUGGUUGAGUGAAUUUCAACUGCAGGUCUACGCUCCAAACUUCAUCAGCGCUGGGUAUGACAUUCCUACCAUUAGCCGAAUGACCCCAGAGGAUUUAACAGCCAUUGGAGUGACUAAACCAGGACAUCGAAAGAAGAUAAGUUCAGAGAUAAACAAACUUAGCGUCAAUGAGUGGCUGCCUGAUCAAAAACCGGCAAAUCUUGGAGAGUGGUUAGCAAUGAUUGGUCUUAGUCAGUACCAUCAAGUGCUAGUCCAAAAUGGAUACGAGAACAUUGACUUUAUCACAGACAUCACAUGGGAGGACCUGCAGGAAAUUGGAAUUACAAAGCUUGGACACCAAAAGAAGCUUAUGCUGGCAGUGAAAAAACUAGCAGAAAUCCAGAAAGCCUCAGAGGGUCGCAACACGUUGCACAAAAAGUCACCAGUUGCAGAGGUGAUGGUCAUUGAGAGUCCACCCCAUGACAGCGGAGAGUGUAUGUCACCUAAAAUGAGGACGUUCCAGGACAGUGAACUGAGUGGAGAGUUACAAGCUGCUCUUAGUCGCCCUGCUGAUUUGCAAGAUGGCCCAGAGGUCAGAACCAACAGCACCCCAAGUGCACAGCAGCGUGCCCGCAGUCUACAUGAGAACAGCAUAAACAAGAGCAGAGACUCAGAGGAGCAUAGCGGGCCACCCAGAAAAGAGGCACGUACCAUGCGUCAGAGCAGCCAAGGGGGCCAAAGAAAUGUCUCAUCAGCGCAACCGAAACCCCGCCAGUCUUACCAAGGUACAGGACCACCCUAUACCCCCCCGCAAACCCCCACCAAAACAAAAAACCCCACUUCACAGACUGUUGCUACCACACAGGGUAAGCCAAAACCAGGUCCACAGGUGCUCCAGCAGACAGAAAAGACAUCAUCCCGUUCUCACCCACAAUCCUCCAAUCAAAGGUCCCACCAAUCUGCCCAGCGGGCGGAAACUGUAGAGGCCACACCCCCAGGACCUGUCUCAGUACCACUCUUGUGCCUGCCACCAGAGGGCGAUGAAGCUUGUGAUGAGCAUGGGCAGCCAAAAAAACGUGCCCAUAGUUUGAAUCGCCACGCUGUGUCCGAUGGUGAGCAAGAACGUGAGGAGCUUAAUGUGCCGGAUACAGGAGGAAAGUAUGCCACGGUGCAGCACCGGGUGGGACGGAGCAACUCAAUGAAAGGGCAGGCAGACAAGAACGUCAACCGAAGCCAGUCCUUCGCACUCAGACAGAAGAAAAAAGGCCCACCUCCACCGCCUCCCAAACGCUCAAGUUCGGCCAUCUCAAGCUCCAGCAGUAAUCUGACAGAAGCCCAAGAGACAAGUAGCGGACCUUUACUGGAGGUUCCCUACCAACCACAAAGACGUGCAAGUGAUCUCGGUGGCACUGUGGAUACAGGCAGUGCGGGUAGUGUGAGGAGCAUUGCAGCUAUGUUGGAAAUGUCCUCCAUUGGUGGGGGUACCAAAGGCCUGGCUUUGCAGAAAUCUACAGGUCACUAUCUGCAGGUGGGUGGCGCUGGAGGAAAGCAGCGAGAUGCCAUUGGACUGGAUGGUGAAGUAGUGAAUCGUCGCAGAACUAUUAGCGGUCCUGUCACCGAGUUGGUAGCAGCGGCAAAGCGAGGAUCACAGCACGGGCCAGGGCCAGGGCCAGUCCAGCAUAGGUCACUUACUGAAACCCAACCUAGCUCCAGUGAGAGCUCAGCAGAAAACCUUGCAUUCGCUGACGAUGGAAUUCUCACCAUCAAACAAAGAUCCAGGCAGGGCAAGGAUGAGACUGAGGAGGUUCCAGACACGCAAUACUCAGCACCCCAGGAACAGAUUUCACGUGUGGAUGCCACAGCCUCGUUGAAAAGGGAAGUCCAGAGCCCCAAGCAACAACCAAAUGGCACCAAGUUUCACCUUACUGAGUCAAAUACAGUUAAGCGCCGCCCCAAGAGCAAGGACAAAGAAGGAGAGGAACUUCAAGAUGGACAGAUGCCUGUACCCUAUGAAAAUGGGACUGGCACCAUUAAGAGGCGUCCUGUGUCCGAGACGACCGUUUCAGAGCAGCCCAGGCCACAGGAACAUCCUGAAAACUCGCCUCGUCGGGAUAGUGAAGACCUGGACGGCAACAUCACUAACACUGGCCCGCGCAAGACUGUCAAACCCCCGGUGUCUCCCAAGCCCGUUCUGGCCCAGCACAUGAAGAAACAAGGACCACCGGCUGCCAUCACCAAGAAAGCCCCCUUUCCCGGGCCCACCGGGGCACCUGGCAGCCCAGUUGAAGGAAAGAAAGUACCUCCUCCGGUUUCACCGAAACCUACGCCGCCUCCUACGGCUCCCAAACCGUCCAAAAUGGUUCUGCAUUCUUUGAAUGCAGCACCUAACCCCGCUCACACACCCACUUUAACCAAGCCCACAGUUACCAGAGUGGCCAGCACAGCUUCUGGCCAGACCAACAACCCUGUCAAGGCUACAACCCCACCGGCCCAGAGCCCUCACACACCCCAGACUGCAAAUACCCCACAGACACCCCUGACACCCCAAACCCCACAGACGCCCCAAACUCCCCAGACACCAGGCCCUCCUACACCGAUCCCCACACCUCCACCUGUAAAACCCCCUCGCUCUUCAAUCAGUGGAGUGUCCAUGGACAAUUCAGCUGUAUCAGGAUUUGUGGCUGGGGUAAUGACGGCAGAUGCGGUGCAUCAGAAGAUAGAGGAGACCAAUGCCUCACUGGCUGCGGCUCUGCAGGCCGUGGAGGAGAAGAUCAAGGAGAUGGACGGAAAGAGUGACUCAAUGGGUGAAAACAAGAGCACAGUGAGCAUACUAGACGACAUCGGCAGCAUGUUCGAUGACCUGGCCGAUCAGCUGGAUGCCAUGUUGGAGUGAAGAGCACAGCCUGUGUCUCUGUGACACAACCUCAGGGCCCCGGGAGAGCACAAGGGCACAAUGACCAACCACAAACUCCUUUUCCUGCUCCUCAUCCUAUGCUCCUCUCAUUCCUUAUUUUUCCAGCUCCUUUCCCUUCGUUGUAAAACACCUAUCUCUCCUCUCUUCCCCCCCCGAGUUGGUUUGCACAAACCCUAGCUGAUGUACCUCAGGACAGGGCAGAAGACCACCCAGGGCUUUAGACGUCCAAGACAGAGAGAGGCAGUCUUGGAGAGGCAGAGGCUGGGUUUUAAAACUCAACUGUCUGUUCUUUUCUAUUCAGAGUCCUUGGAAUAUUUCAAUCUACCACGAGCAAUGACUAGUAAAAUAAUAUGAAAACAAUUAUAACUGUAUAUGAAAAAAUAGUAUGGUAUGUGUACAUUGUAAGCAUGAGGAAAGUUUGUAUCUAUAUAGAAAAAAUCUCAUAGAGAGAGUCAUGCAUUAGUGCAGUUCUAAAAAUAUAUAUAUAUAAAUAUGAAUAUAAAUAUUUUAUGUUUUUAUUUCAUGUUCAAUGGUACAUACAGUGUUGAAACAUUAAGAAAUCUAUAAACUUUGAGGACAGAUGUGUGGAUUUUUUUUUAUAUAAUGGAGAUUUAAAAAAAUGAAACUUAUAAUAAGGCUGGCAUAAACAUCCUGUAUGUUUGGCUGUGUUGUAUGUGGGCUGUGUUGAAUGUAGUGACUGAAGUGGCUGUUAGACCCCCUGCUCUGUGCUUGCUCUCUCUGGGCUGUGCUGUGACCCUUUCCCAUUUUUUUUUCUGCGUGUGUGAACUCAUACAUUCCUGUUCCCGCACAGCCGUUCCCCUUAACCUCCCCUCUCUCUCCUCAUUCAGUCAUCAUGUGCAGUGUCCCGUGUGCCUUAAUGUUAAAGGUGACCUCAGUGCUGCUAACACACAAGCAAACACGAGCUCGAGCCGAGGCGGUCCCGUGUCUGUGUGAGAGGAGUUGACUUGAAGCCAGUGGGAUGGGCCUGUAUGCUCUGAUAUAGCGGGUAGAAAUGACCUCAUCUUUGGACACCUUCAUACCUCGGCCACCUGGUGCAGGGCAGUACAGGCUUUUGUUGACCGGUGGCCUCAAAGUUACUGAAAAGAAACGUUCUUCAGUCGAGCUCCAGUGAACAAUGAGGGCUCUUAGAAGGUGGGACAUUAGAGAAAGCACAAAAUGAGAAAGUGUAAAAAUGUGUGAACGUGAGUCAUUGUGCAAAGCAAAAGUGCCAUUGUAUUGAAUUUGGGCAAUUCCAUGCAAAUGUCAAGCUUAAAAUGACAAAAUCAAGUCUUUACCAAAGCGUAAAAAGGGUAUUAUUGCUUCUGGUUUGUACAUUUAAAUUCAAAGAAAUUCUACACAGUAUGUUGUCUCUCAAACUUGUGCAACCUAAAAUAGAAAACUUGUGUCUGGAAAUGAUAUCAUCUGAGUUUUAGGGAAAUAUAUAAACAGAUGAUUUUAUAGGGUUAUAAAUACAUGUUGUCAAAAUUUAUGUAGCAAAUUUUGAUUGAAAAUGGCACAUCCACAAUGCUGGAAUUGCCCAUUUCAUAAUGGCUCCGAUUUGAUCAUAGACAAAAGACUGCGUCAUAACAGUCAGGUUGAUACUUAAUAUAGAAGUGUGGUCCUAAGUGUGAUAUUGCUUUUAUACAACAGUUCUGUAAACAAAACUUUAUUAUUGAUUUACAUAUUAGAUGAAAUUUGGCCAGGUGGUUUGGAUAUUUUUCAGCACCAAAGAAAGUCGAGGCAUCGGGAAACACUUUUGGGGAUGAGGACUGUUGCAUAGAACAGGAAUAGGAAAGAAAAAUGCAUGAAAGUGUUAAGGAUUUUGCAAAGGCUGUGCUCAGCAUUUUAUCCUACCCGUGGGAUCUUUGCGUGAGGGUCUGUGUGCUCGGACAGGUGUAGUUCCAUUGGAAGCCUGCAUGCAGUCUGACGUCAGCACAUUGCUCAGUGGCUGUUAAAUUAAGGGUGUGAAUGUACCACGGUGUGCCUGCUUUGUAUUGCAUUCCCCCGGUAUCGUUCAGACUAACAUUUCCUUAAUGACCAAAGCAAGAAAAUGAGUCUAGGAUGCAACUAAGCUUGGGUAUGUUAUCCAUCACUUAUUCUAAAAACAGCAGUACAGUAUCUAGGCUAAACAAAGUCACAAAGAAUAGCAUUAACUUAGAUGGACUUAUUGAGGGUAGACUAAACAUUGCUUUGUUAGUCUGGAGAGCAUCAAAUGUUUGGUCUCUGUGGACAUGCACCAUGAUUUUUGUUACCAUGCUCUUUAUUUGUGGUGACUGGCACAGUUCGCUGUUAUGACAGCACUGGUCACAACCAUUUCACUCGCUAGUCUCUGAAUGUCAUUAUCUCAUUGCCAGCGACAUCACACAGUUUCUCAGUAUUCUGCUAACCAUCCUUAAUGUUGCCAUGACAAUCUGCAAAAAUGUAAAUGAUGGUCCCGUAAUGAUUGCGGAAUUGGAGAAUGAGAAUGGGCCCAAAAGGGGGGCGGAACAUUUUUAAGAAAAAUGCCUGCGUCUGGGACCCAUACACCUGCAGUAGCUAAACAUGCUUAAUCCCUUCAGAAAGAUUUGUUUUUGUAAUAUUUAAGUUAUGAACAGAGGUUAUUAUAGAUGUUUUCAAGUAUUUAAUGAUGCGGCAUCAAUGGGGCUCGUUGAUGAAACUGCAAAUAUUUAAAAUAAGAGUUUUAAGUGUCUUCUGGACUCAAAGUUUUUAAAUUAAUUACAUUUUAGAACUCUUUUUUUUAAGAUAGCUUUUUGUGAUAAGUUUUUGACUGCCAUGUUUUCAGAUGAAAUGAGUUGUAUAUUAUGCAAUUUUGUUGUUUUUUAACAUGUAUGUGCCUUGCGUUAAUUCUUUUCUUUUUGUCCUGAAGUCUUUUGUGUUUAAAUGAUGUGUAGAUGAGACGUGGUCUCCCAGCUUUGUCCACCAGAUGUUCACAAUUAUAUUCUCUCUUUUGUUGUUGUGGUCUGCUCUGUGGACAGAGCGCAGAUGUCUGGCAUGGCUUUUAUAAAAGCUUUAUCAAGCCCACUGCUUCAAAGGACUGGGUCUGUAUCCAGUGUUAACAACCUGUUCUUUUCUUCUGUUGUAUAUAGCUGGAUGUUUGUUACCAUAAACUUGAUUUCUCUACAUUUCUCAUUCCCCGUCAUUGUCAUAAUCACGUUCGCUUGUUUUUCUUUAUCUUUUUUUGAUACCUGAGGGGGGAACAAUGAAAAAUAAUGGCAUUCUGAAAACACUGAAGUCAUAUUCAAGUCAAAGUCUUAGUGUUGGUGCAAGAUGUUAUUUAAUAAUGAAAGCUGUUUUCAAUUCCAUCCUAUUUACAGAGACAUAUAAAAAAAGAAUCUGCACUGCUCAAUGUGUGCAGGCUGUAUAUUGUGUUGAUGUUGUAUGAUACCUGCUGUGACUGGCAUUGAGAACAGUGGUGUGCUUGCAGUGACUGCAUCAACAGCCACCUGCUCUAAAUAAACAUUAUAUAUAUAUAUAAACAUUCUCAAAGCUGUCCAAUUACUGACCAACAGGCCUGACAAGAAACUGCUUAACACCAUUGUGUUAAAUUACUUCACAUACAUAAAACUGCACUUCUCAAAAAGCAGACAAGCUGGUAC